AUGGAUCCGCGCCAGGCAAUGCAACCCGCUGCUUUCAUUUCCCACAGCAGGGUCAAGGCCGCCACAGUUGACGACCUGUUACACGUCGUUGCCAUUUCGCACUCCUGGCUGCAGGCAGACCAUCCAGAUCCGCGCGGGCACAACCUGCGCAACCUGGGCCGGGUUCUUCAGUUGAUGUCAAGAGAUCCUUCCCUCAGCAUUGAAUUUAGCGGUGUUUGGGCAGUGUUUAUGGAUUUCUGUUGCAUCCACCAGUGCUGCAGGGAUAGUGAUGGCGCUCCCCAGUUGCGGACAUUUCGCUGGCUCGACGAAUCACAGUGUUUCGCGGAAGGUGCGAUCGGACGUUUUGAGCGCGAAGAUGCACUCUUCAAGGAAGCCUUAGAAAGUUUGGGGAGUUUCUAUUCCCAUCGCGCCACGGUUGUAUUCAUGAUGACGAAGUUUCCAGCUGAUUACGACGACCCUGAAAAAUACACUAGAUCUGGCAACACGGAGACAUACUUUAACCGCGGUUGGUGUUAUUGCGAGUCUUCCUGGGCGAUGUUGACAAAGGGCUCCCACCACCUCGUGGACCUCGGCAAGCAGUCUGGAAAG